AUGUCCGUCUUCUUCGACUCACCGAUCAGUGACGAUCUUGUGGCUAUUGGCGAUGCCGAAUCUGUCUUGACAAGCAUUGGCAUCACAAACGGCAUACCGCAAAACGAAUCGCGAGACUAUCAUCAACUACUGGCCGCUGUUCACGACGUUGCAGAGCAUAUACUGCAAUUGCCCGACUAUGUAUCACGUGUCGACACCGAAACAUACCCACGAGAAAAUCUACACAGGCCAUCGGAAGACGAACAGGACUAUGGUCAUGCGUGGGCUCACAAAUUCCUCAUACGCGGCAACCCAGAGGGCGAGCUGUUGCGAGGAAAGACUAUAAGCUUGAAGGAUAAUAUCGCAGUCGCCAGAGUCCCUCAAUUCUUCGGGACUGAUGCCAUUCCAGCAUGGACUCCUGACUCUGAUGCCACCGUGGUCCAACGUGCAUUAAUAGCUGGAGCCGACAUCGUAGGAACUACAAUAUGCGAAAACUUCUGCAACUCGACCUCGUCCUUUACUUCCGCUCAGGGAACAGUCCACAAUCCAUAUGCGAGAGGCUACUCGGCCGGUGGCAGCACAUCCGGCGGCUGUGCGGUAGUCGGUGGUGGUCUUGUCGACAUCACAAUCGGCGCUGAUCAGGGUGGAAGUAUACGUGUUCCGUCGUCAUUCUGUGGCUGCGUAGGAUUGAAGCCAACCCACGGUCUGGUCCCUUAUACUGCUGCUGGAUUGAAGAUUGGUGUUCUCAAAGAGGGCUUUGAUCAUCGACUGGUGGACCCAGAAGUUAGGGAAACCGUCCGAAAAGCCGUCAAGUCGUUCGAGCUACUCGGUGCUACUGUCGAAGAAGUUUCUCUACCUCUGCAUCUGGAAGGGCCUGCUAUUUGGACCAUUCAGCAACGCAUCGCAGGCACUUUUAACAUGCUAGGAUACGCACAUGGACGAAGGGGUCUGUUCUCAACAGCCUACGAAGCAGUACGUCAACCUUGGACGAACGACACGUUCCAGAAGCUCUUCCCAUCCACCAAGAACACUAUGAUCAACGGCCUUUCGCUCAUGCAAAACUAUCCUGGACUCUACGCAAAGACGAUGAAUAUUGCACAACAGCUCCGCGACUCGUACGAAAAACUAUUCCAAGAAUACGAUCUCAUCGUCAUGCCAACGACGCCAUUCGUGGCACCGCCGAAUAUAGACUGGAAGCAGGGAGACUCGCCCAUAGACGCCUUGAAACCGAGCAUGGGAAUAACCAUCAACACUGCUAUAUUUGAUGUGACCGGCCAUCCAGCAAUGUCACUGCCUGUGGGAUUUGCCCCUUCCAAUGUGGAUUCUAGUGUCAAGCUGCCAGUAGGGAUGCAGAUUGUGGCAGGCCUGUGGCAGGAGCAGAAGAUACUAGAUGCAGCUUUCGCAUGGGAAUUGGCAAACGAUUGGAAAGAGAUUGGCGUGUCGAAGGAGCAAGGAGCGAAGCAUGCGACUAAACUUUGA